AUGGAGGUUACACAAAUCCCGCUUCCUUACGGAAAAAGCUAUCAUAUUUUCUUGUCGUUUUGCCAUGAAGACGAAGAAACUGCACAUUCCUUAUUGAAGAACCUUGAGGAUCAUUACAAAUUGAGGUGUUUGUAUCAUAUCAGAGACUUUGUUCCGGGGGUGACAAGUAUGGAUAAUAUUCUUAAUGGUAUAGAAAACAGCAUGAAGAUUGUCUACCUUAUUUCCAGCAGGUUCAAGGAAAAUGAAACAUGUAAACGAGAAAUUUCUUACGGGAUCACGGCUUCCCACAAACAAUGUGAAAAUACCAUGAUACCUGUUUUACUUGAGAGAAUAGAAAUGCCAAGAGAAUUAGAAACGCUCAAUUAUAUAGACGCAACCAUUCAGGAUAUAGAUAUUGCCUCCAAAAUCUAUGAUGCAUGUCUUUUUGAAGCUCAAGAUAGAAGUAUUUUACCUACGUUUAUACCUUUGCGAGAGCUAUACAAUGGACAACCUCUUCGAGUAAUGGAAUCAGAGAAGCAUUGGGAAUUAGGAAUUCCUAUUUUAAAUUUCUAUGAGAAUACGAAAAAACGUCACGUCAUUAACAAUAAACCUAGGUCCCGUCAGAUUGAUUUCCUUUGCGAUAAAAUCAUAAAGGAUCUGAACUCUAGCAGUUACAAAAAAUGGUACCUCUUGCACGAUCCUGGAUUUCUAUGCCUUCUCUGGUUUCUUAUCAGUUGUGGGUUGAUAGCAAUUAUCCUCGCAUGCUUUUUUAUUUACCUUAUCCACAAGGCCGAAAUUUCACAUGAGGUAAUGGCUGCCGCUUGUUCUACCGGCAUUAUUAUACCAGUUGUGACGGUAUCCGUUAUCUUCUGUCGCUGUUGCGACAAAACCACUUCAGCAAUCAUGGCAAUUGCAAUGGAAAGAUAUCCAAUUCGGAAGAAGGAAAAAGAGCUUAAAAAGAUUAUGUGGAGAUACCUAGUUGAAAACUAUCAAACCCUGAAAAUUCUACCACUUCUUUCUACAAAUGAAAAGAUAAUUGUGUUGCAUUAUGAUACAGACCCUUGUAAGAAAGAGGCCGAGGAGAGGAUUCUUAGAUUCAUAGAAGAUAAUCAAGAUAGACUGGCCACAUGGACAUUCCUUGAAGAUUUUAAGUUCGACCGACACAAUACCUAUCGUCAGAAGAAGUGCUUUUGUCAGUAUUUGGAACCAUAUGUUAUCUAAAUUGAAAGAGAACACAGAAACUAUAUUUAUAAAAUCUUGCA